UAUUUUUGAGCUAACAUUCUUUUGGAUAACCCAUGCUAUUAAGAGAUAUGUCAAGUUUGGUCAUGAUAUUGAUUCUGGUGAAAAUAUUGAAAGAGUGAUAAAGAAUAUAGCAGGAAUGCAUAUUGCUUAUCUAGAGCCAAAUAUAAAUCAGC